AUGGCAGUCAAAUUUUUCAUCCAGAAGGACAUCUCCCACGACGUACAGGCCGACGUCUGCGAGACAAUCGCCGCUCUCGGUGGGAGAGUCGAGCCGAAAGUACCCCGCGCGGGUUACAUACUCGUGCAACCCGGCACCGCCGAGGAAGAGCGUCUCCGCCUCUGUUGGGGCAAACCCGACCGCCCCGAGCGAUAUUUCGUGCCUUACAGCUACGUAGAGGCAUGCAAGGUCCACGGGAUGCUCCUGAAACAGAUCUUUGUCCAUGAAGGUCAGCCGAUCCGCAUGCACAUCGACUCGAGCAUCGCCAACGUGAAUGUAAGGGCGACGCUGAGCGCGAGAAUCAUGCACUCUGGCGGAGACCCCACGGCAUCCGCACAGUCCGCCCGUGUCAUCCUCGCAGACCCGAACACCGAAGUCUUUCAGCACCUCGUUAAGACAUACCAGUGCGAGCCCGACAAAUACGUCGAAUCGUACCUCUGGGUGAGGAAAUGCAUCGAGAAAGGGCAAGUCAUCUAUACGCCCGUAGUCUAUAAGAAUCCCGGCGGGAGACGGCCGGGAGAAGAGCGGACACAAUUCACAAGAGAGGACGAGGAGCAUCUAUGUCAGUGGAUAGCUAAGAAGAUCCCGUACAAAGAGACCGGUGGAAGAACCGGCAACAGACUAUACCAACAGCUCUGCGAGAUGGCCCAUGACCCUGAAUACGCCUGGGUAAGACGCCACACAUGGCAAUCAUGGCGUGAGCGCUACAAGAAGAACUGCGCCAGGCUCGACAUGCGCAUCUCCGAGAUCGUCAACGAGCGCAAGCCCGCGCACGGCGAGAAGGGACAGUACGGCUACGUGCGCAUGCCCGAGGAGAAGCCCAAGCGCGUACGCAGCAAGAAGGCACGCGGCAACGGCGCUGGCCCAUCAGAUAUGCAGCCUGAGGAGCUGCAGGAGCUCGAGGCCUUCCCGCCCGUCCCGCUGCCCGUCCUCCCCGGCAUGCUCUCCGCCACCGGCGGCCCGAGUAGCGCGUAUACCGCCGCGAUGAACGGGAUGAUAUAUGGCGCCCAGCCGCCCAUGGGCCCGUCUGGCGCGGUCAUGCCAGGCCUGGCAGCGCACCUGCAGAUGUCGAUGGCGGGCAGAGAGCCUAUCGAUGCGGAGACGGCGCGCCAGAAUGCGACUGAGGAGGAGAUGGAGGACGAUGAGAGUGAGUGGCAGAUUCGCGAGGGCAAACCGGACGCACCGCGGCCUUCGUGGGCGAAGAGCAAGCAAGAAGGUGAAGAGCAAAAGCCUGCAACGAAGAAGCGCAAGAGAAGGUCAGUGUUGCGAUACGAACGUACACUUCGUACGCUCAUGACGUCCUUCAGCAGCGACAGUCCACAGGGUACCCAUCUGAUCCAGGAGAAGAAAUCCCAACUGCACGUCUUGGACGUGGCUGUGCGUCAGAUUGCGAGGGAGUUCCGCUUCACGAUCGAGGAGGUGCAAGAAUACUAUGACAAGUGCGGCGACGUAGAACGCACAAGAGCGCGCUUUAAGAAGAUGCGCGAUGUCCUUUCAGCGCUGAAGGAUGAUGAUGAUGUGCCUGGCUCCUCUUAG